AAUGAGUGGGCUGAUGCCCCGAGAAGGUCGGGCGCAUGCGCAGUGCUCGGAUUUUGCUUGGCUACCCGGAGUGAAGCGGCCAGGUUGGGCGAUUAACAGGCCGUGGUUAGGGCGGACGGAGAAGGGGCGUUCGCUCUUCUGGGACUUUUCAUGCCUCGUAUUUUUUUCAGAUGUGGCUUGGUCUGGGCGCAACGUCCCAGCAGCCAGCUUAAGCUUACUCUUCUGUGAAAGGGGAAAGUAUCCCCUGUGGAAAGCGGUUAAACUUGUGGAGGGGGUGCGGGACGUGAGUUCUUCCCCAUGCCAGGCGAAUGGUGUGGCCUUGAGCUGGUCCAGGAGCCGGCUCGACGUGUCUGAGGGAGGCCCCGGAGGGGGCGGGGAGGUGGCCCACAGAACGCGGGUUCUGUAAAGAGACGUUGGGAAGAUUCGAUUCCGAGAAGAGGAAGAACCGGAUUGAAAGAGAGCCAGGCCGCUGAGGGGGAGGGGGCUGCCAAGAUGGCGUCGGCCUCCUCCGGGCCGUCGUCUUCGGUCGGUUUUUCAUCCUUUGAUCCCGCGGUCCCUUCCUGUACCUCGUCCUCAGCAUCUGGAAUCAAGAGACCCAUGGCAUCUGAGGUGCCUUAUGCCUCUGGCAUGCCCAUCAAGAAAAUAGGCCAUAGAAGUGUUGAUUCCUCAGGAGAGACAACAUAUAAAAAGACAACCUCAUCAGCCUUGAAAGGUGCCAUCCAGUUAGGCAUUACCCACACUGUGGGGAGCCUGAGUACCAAACCAGAGCGUGAUGUCCUCAUGCAAGAUUUCUACGUGGUUGAGAGUAUCUUCUUUCCCAGCGAAGGGAGCAACCUGACCCCUGCUCAUCACUACAAUGACUUUCGUUUCAAGACCUAUGCACCUGUUGCCUUCCGCUACUUCCGGGAGCUAUUUGGUAUCCGGCCCGAUGAUUACUUGUAUUCCCUCUGCAGUGAGCCGCUGAUUGAACUCUGUAGCUCUGGAGCUAGUGGUUCCCUAUUCUAUGUGUCCAGCGACGAUGAGUUCAUUAUUAAGACAGUCCAACAUAAAGAGGCGGAAUUUCUGCAGAAGCUGCUUCCAGGAUACUACAUGAACCUCAACCAGAACCCUCGGACUUUGCUGCCUAAAUUCUAUGGACUGUACUGUGUGCAGGCAGGUGGCAAGAACAUUCGGAUUGUGGUGAUGAACAAUCUUUUACCAAGAUCGGUAAAAAUGCAUAUCAAAUAUGACCUCAAAGGCUCAACCUACAAACGGCGGGCUUCCCAGAAAGAGCGAGAGAAGCCUCUUCCCACAUUUAAAGACCUAGACUUCUUACAAGACAUCCCUGAUGGUCUUUUUUUGGAUGCUGACAUGUACAACGCUCUCUGUAAGACCCUGCAGCGUGACUGUUUGGUGCUGCAGAGCUUCAAGAUAAUGGAUUAUAGCCUCUUGAUGUCAAUCCAUAAUAUAGAUCAUGCACAACGAGAGCCCUUAAGCAGUGAAACACAGUACUCAGUUGAUACUCGAAGACCGGCCCCCCAAAAGGCUCUGUAUUCCACAGCCAUGGAAUCCAUCCAGGGAGAGGCUCGACGGGGUGGUACCAUGGAGACUGAUGACCAUAUGGGUGGCAUCCCUGCCCGGAAUAGUAAAGGGGAAAGGCUUCUGCUUUAUAUUGGCAUCAUUGACAUUCUACAGUCUUACAGGUUUGUUAAGAAGUUGGAGCACUCUUGGAAAGCCCUGGUACAUGACGGAGACACUGUCUCAGUGCAUCGCCCAGGCUUCUACGCUGAACGGUUCCAGCGCUUCAUGUGCAACACAGUAUUUAAGAAGAUUCCCUUGAAGCCUUCUCCUUCCAAAAAGUUUCGGUCUGGCUCAUCUUUCUCUCGGCGAGCAGGCUCCAGUGGCAACUCCUGCAUUACUUACCAGCCAUCGGUCUCUGGGGAACACAAGGCACAAGUGACAACAAAGGCAGAAGUGGAGCCAGGCGUUCACCUUGGUCGUCCUGAUGUUUUACCUCAGACUCCACCUUUGGAGGAAAUCAGUGAGGGCUCGCCUAUUCCUGACCCCAGUUUCUCACCUCUAGUUGGAGAGACUUUGCAAAUGCUAACUACAAGUACAACCUUGGAAAAGCUUGAAGUUGCAGAGUCAGAGUUCACCCAUUAAGCGCAAAGCCUCAGAAGACCUGGAACAAGAUUCUGCCAUCUCUGUGAUCCCAAGAUGUCAGCCCUUGCCCCAGCAAUGCUGAAUUUUCUUCUACUUGGUCAUCAAAAAAGGAGUGUAAUAGAAGUGAGGGGAGCUGCUCCUCCAUCUUCUUCCUGAAGAAGAACCUUCUCUCCUUCCUCUUCCUCAUGAAUGGGCCUUAGUGCCUCAGAGAGUUGAGGACCGCAGCAUCCCCUCCACUCCAGAGUUGGGUGGUACGGAUUUUCAACUGGCCAACCCUUUGCCUCCACUAUUGAGUUUUUUUCAGACCCCCAUUCUUCAUGCUGGAAAUGGGAUUGCUGGACUUGGCAGCUUUCUUUCCCCUCGUCUUUGACCAGGAACCGGACUCUUAAUUUCCUCAGGACAGACUAGCUGGCACAUUAUCCCUACCUUAGUUCUUUCUCUCUGACUCCUGGAAGAAUACUCCUGUAAUCUCUGUAAAGGUUUUUGGGGGUAAGGGUGUUUAACCACCUCCCAGCUUUCUUCUUCUUUUUUUUUUUUUUUUCCUGAAAAAAGGAAAAAGCACACAGCACACAAUUUCAAGCCAUUUUCAGAUCAGAACUCCAGAAGUGUUGACAAGAUGCCUAUUCGUAGAGUUCCCUCAGAAGAGCCAUGGUGUUUAUGAAGAGAAGAGUAGUGAUUGCUCUGCCAGAAGCAGCUCCUCUUUAAACUCCUCCUCUCUUGAUGAAUUUCUUAAGGCUGAAGGAAUGAAGAGAGUGGGACAUGGGGUAAUCUUUAUCCCUUUUGUUAAAACAGGAGGCAGCCAUGGGCUGGGAGAUCAUAGCCCUUCCUAGGCAGAAUCCUGUUCACUGCCAGGCUAUAAUAAUUAUUACUAUUUUGCAAUUUGAAAUAUAUUCUGGUUGUUUUUCUAAAUGUGAAGACUUACCAAAUGAAUUUUAGAUCAUUCUCCAGAGGAGAUUUUUUUUGCUCUUCUCAUCUUUUCCAACAGUGUUCUUCUGUUUGUGGAGCUAAGGUAAAGAGGGGACACCUCUGUCUGUUUAACAGACAGUCCAUAUCUGUGAGGCCAGCAAAUAUUUUCUUAAACUCAUGGGGAGACAGCAGAUUCUUGCCUUGGUGAGGUCAUUGCUGUGCCAUAUGUCCUAUCCCCCUGUCUUCAUGCAGGGAAGUUGGAAAUGGGGGCUACAUAUGCCCUCUCCUCCCUGUCUACAAGAGUUGUGGUUUUCCAUCUGAUCCUUCCACUCUUGUCAGGGGAAGAAGGGGGCCUGGUAUCUCAGGCAGAUUGUUGAAUUCCUGUUCUAUCCCUUCUCUAUCCCACCCUGCCUUGAUAAUAUGUUAGCCGAUACCCCAAAUAACUGUCUAUAUUAGACACCCCCAGCCAGUUUCUGGCUGCCUGUCUUUGCUGCCAUGUUUUUUACAAGAAGGAAAGAAUUCUUGCUAUUUUUUUUUCAUAAUUUACUAUUUAUGAUGUAUUUAAGUGUUUUAUUAAGGACAGAGUUCUGUUAGGGGUGGGAGGGAAUAUUUGAGGGAGGGCUGGGUCUUAGGGAAAGGAAUGGGGAAGCAACAUUUUUAUUAAGUGUUACUAUUUGCCUCUACUUUGUAUUGUUCAGAAAUGGCAAAUACAAUAUAAAAGUGAUAUAUGGUUUUAAUGUAAUAAACUUUAAUCAGUUAUUUAGA